AAAAGAAGCUCCCCAGGCCAGCUGCUGAAUCAGUGCUUUUCGGAUUUUAGGUGGCUGAAGGUGUUUGAGAGCGCAGAAGGCAAACGGAAGGAAAUCUGCUGGUGAAUACGUGCUUUAUUUUUGAUCGGAAAUACGCCCGGCUACACUUGCUGCGCGCUCAAGAUGGUGCAGAUGAAAUUUCUACUGAUUGCGGUUUGUUUUCUCAUUCCGGCUGUGAUGGGUCAAUUGGCAGUGCAGAAGUGCAAGAAGGGUGUCUUACCGAGCAAGCUUUACAUCGAAGGUUGCUCGAAGGCUCCCUGUAACAUCGUCAAUGGGCAGAAUUUGAAGUACCGUGCGGAGUUUGUUACCCCCCACGCCACCAAGUCACUCACCGCCCAAGUCAUCCCCCGGGUUGCGGGUAUGGCCAUCGGCUACGAACUGCCCAAGGAGCAUCGCGACGGUUGCAAGAAACUAACCAACACCAAGUGUCCGCUGGCACAGAAUCAACGCGUCGAAGCAUCCGGCAAUGUGCCCGUGGAGUCACCGAUUUCCAACGUGAAGGCUAACAUCGAGUUCCGACUGCUCUCGGACUCCGGUAUAGCCGUGUGCUUCAAGAUCGAUGCCAAAGUGGUGAAAGGCAAAUAAAAGUUGUUUGUCCUUCCACAUCAUGGCACGGGCUGUCGCAAAAUGGAUGUGUGGGAGGAGAUACUUGCAAAACGAUAAAAGCCUCCUGUCUAACGGGGAAUCGUCUUUUGCUUGA